GAGGACGCAGAGUGGGAGCGGCUGCAUAGGAAGCAGAACGUGCAGCUCUGGGACUAAGUGUGCCCAAGUAUUCGUAGAGGGGAAGGAGUUCGGAGGGACCAACACUGGGGAUUACCGUAUUACCGGGAACCGGGAAUACUGACCACAGUGAUAUGAUACGGCACUUUACAGGGUAAUGUUCCAGUCCAGACAUGCCUUACGUGGAUCGUCAGAAUCGUAUUUGUGGCUUCCUGGACAUCGAGGAGCAUGAAAACAGUGGCAAGUUUCUGCGCAGAUAUUUCAUCCUAGACACUAGUCAGAAUAGUCUGCUCUGGUACAUGGACAAUCCCCAGAACCUCCCUGCUGGCUCCCCUUGCGUAGGUUCUCUGAAGCUGACGUACAUUUCAAAGGUCAGCGAUGCCACUAAGCUUCGACCAAAGGCUGAAUACUGCUUUGUAAUGAAUGCAGGCAUGAGAAAAUACUUUCUCCAAGCUAAUGACCAGCAGGACUUAGUAGAAUGGGUCAGCGUACUCAACAAGGCUACCAAAAUUACAGUACCAAAAUCCUGUGAACCUCAGUGUCCUACUGAUACCAUGAACAACCAGCAGAUAUCUUAUCGAACUGAUAUUGUUGGAGGUGUUCCAAUAAUCACUCCAACUCAGCAAGAACUCAGCGAGUGUGCCAACACUGGUGACAGAGGCAACCUGAAGCGUUCUCAAAGCCAGCUCCCAUCAUCCCCAGCACGCAUUUCAGAGAGCAGCAUAAUAAAGGCCGGAUACUGCGUGAAACAAGGGGCUGUGAUGAAGAACUGGAAAAGGCGAUAUUUUCUUCUAGAUGAUAACACAAUAGGCUAUUUUAAAUCAGAGAUGGAAAGAGAUCCUCUGCGUCUGAUCCAGCUGAGAGAGGUCCAAAAGGUGCAGGAGUGCAAGCAGAGCGAUAUCAUGAUGAGGGACAAUCUGUUUGAAAUUGUAACGUCAUCUCGAACAUUUUACGUACAGGCUGACAGCCCCGAGGAAAUGCACAGCUGGAUUCGUGCCAUAAAUGGUGCAAUUGUGGCACAGCGUGGACCCGCUAGAUCUGCAGCCUCUGUAUGUCUAACUUCCAGCCCGCCCUGUCUCCCCACAGAUGCGACAGGUCAGACGCCUUUCGAACCCCUGUAUUCCGAGGAGACCUCCACCUCAUACUCCGAACACAGCUCAUCCUUUCGCUCCUUCAAUGUCCCUCACUCAGCAGCCCGACUACAGCUCUCUGACCCAGGGCUACCCUAUCGUGGGAGGGAUGAAUUUAACACCAAGACCCAGCCAGGACACACCAAGGUCCCGCUUAUCUUUGCAGGAAACCAGACUGGCAAAGUGACCGGCUCUGCAUCGGAUGCCAAGUUGGGAGCUCAACUGGAACCUGCGAUUGUGGAUCUAGAUGAUGCCAGCCUGCCUGUCACUGAUGUCUGAGUCUGUUCUGGUUUAAGUGCUUUAAAUGAGUGGGAUUACUGGCGCAAAAUGCAGCUUUACCGUCGGUUCCUAAGUAUGUUAUCGAGAGUUAAACACCCCUCCAUCUUUUGACAUGCCAUGUACCCUCCAAUAAAUGAAAGGGGAUUAUCCUUCUGCAGGUUCAUUGAUGGAAUUUGGUGGCUUGAACAAGCUGAAGAAAAAAACAUUCCCAAGACAGUUGUCUUGAACAUUAUCCUCCUAUAGCCAAAGUCAGGUAUUUGACUAGGUUUUCCAUUUUGUAUGGAACCGUGACUCAGGUCACUAAAUGUGAGCAUGCCACACGUGGCAUGGAGUGCCUUUGUUGCUCUUAUAGAGGGUUAUUUACAGAACUGUAGAAUGCUGUAGUUGUGGCCCAGCCCCAUCACGGCCUCACCACACCUGACACAGACAUGUGAAUAGGAAUUUUAACAGCUUUUAAUUGUCCGCUAGCUCAGUAAUUUCCCAAUCCUCUGGUCACUUAUAUUUUCGAGAACCUUUUACCUAUCUCUGCUGCUGAACAAAGAUGAGAAGCAAUAAGAAAUCAUUCUUAGAGGAGGAAAUCCUGAAAUUUCCCAACUAAAAAAUGUCAUAACAGGUGUUAUUUGCACAUUUGCUGCCAGUGCCACAAGUGAGGGACUGAAUAGCGCUCAUGGGAACUAUUAGUUGAGUUUUACCCCCUCCAUUUUUUUCUUCUUCCUAUUUGUACCUUCCAGGUGUCAAAGGUACCUCAGAUCUUGUUUUGUGAAAUUUUGUACUAGAACUUUGCUAUCUCUGUGCCUCUUAUGGCUCAUGGUUAAUGGGUUAAACCUGUGAUUUUUCGUGAGCCAAAUGCUGUCUCUGCACUUUUGUCUUGGUCUCAAGUGCCUGCUGAUAUAUAUUUUUUUUGUGUGCCGUAAGACUGUUUUUUUUUUUGUGGAUUUUUGAUAGUACCAUGUUUGCUGUAACCUUGAGCUUCCCACAGAUUGUUCCUGAAAGUGCCCGUUUUUUUUGUAAUGUUCUUUUGUAGGUGUUGGUGGUUGAAUUAUAAUUUAUAAAAGUCUGUUCCUUGAAGCGGGUGAGUAAGACACCCAUUUGAAAAAUAACUGAUGUAUCACUUGAAAUAAACCUGUUCAUUUUCGGUAA